AUGCUUGUUCUGCUCCUCAUUGGACUCGUGUUACAUGGCGCGGCGGCAGUGACUCACUCUCUGAAGUAUUUCUACACUUCGUUCUCUCAAGUCCCAAACUUCCCAGAGUUUGUGGUAGUUGGAUUGGUUGAUGACGUUCAGAUGAUUUACUAUGACAGUAACACCAAGAGAGCAGAACCCAAACAGGACUGGAUGAGCAGAGUCACAGAAAGCAAAGAUGAGUACUGGGAGUGGAACACUGAGGGAUUGGUGGGUCAACAGCAGCUCUUCAAAGGCAACAUCGAAAUUUCAAAGCAGCGCUUCAACCAAACUGGAGGUGUCCACAUUCUCCAGAUGAUGGAAGGCUGUGAGUGGGAUGACGAGACUGGAAGCACCAAUGGAUUUAAUCAGCAUGGUUAUGAUGGAGAAGACUUCAUAGUAUUUGACAUGAGGACAGAGACAUGGAUCGCUCCAAAACCACAGGCUGUCCUCACCAAACACAAGUGGGACAAUAACAAAGCUUGGAUAGCACGGAAAAAACACUACUACACCCAGAUUUGCCCUGAGUGGCUGAAGAUGUAUGUGGACUAUGGGAGGAGCUCUCUGCUGAGAACAGAGGUUCCCUCAGUGUCUCUCCUCCAGAAGUCUCCCUCCUCUCCAGUCAGCUGCCACGCUACAGGUUUCUACCCUGACAGAGCCAUGAUGUUCUGGAGGAAAGAUGGAGAGGAGCUUCAUGAGGACGUGGACCUCGGAGAGAUCCUCCCCAACCACGAUGGAUCCUUCCAGAUGAUUGUUGACCUGAACCUUUCAUCAGUCCCAGCUGAAGACUGGAGGAGGUACGACUGUGUGUUUCAGCUCUCUGGUAUGAAGGACGACAUCAUCACCAAACUGGACAAAGCAGAGAUCAGGACCAACAGAGAGAAGCCCACUCACAUGACCAUCCCCAUCAUCACUGCAGUGGUUGUUCUGGCUCUCGUCCUCCUCGCUGUGAUCGGAGUCCUAGUUUACAGAAAGAAGAAAGCCAAAUGCCCUCCAUCUCCUGACAACAUUGUUGAGCUCUCUGAGAAACUGAAUCCAGAGUCUGAAUGAUGAACACAUGAAUAUACUGAAUGGAUACGAGAAGGACUGGAGGUGAUUGUAUUGUGUACUGACUGCAUUGUUCCUGGGCUUAUAUAUUAUGUCUAGUUUGGAUGGGUGAUUUAACUGACAGAUGAAACCUGGACAGGUGAUAGCUGGAAAAGAAAAAAAAUGUGUAUGUGUUUAUGCAUGUGUAUAUGUAAGUGUACGUAUGUAUAUAUGCAUGUAUGUGUAUGUAUACAUAUAUAAAUAAGUGUGAAUGAAGUUGUUUCUAUAUAACUAAAGGACAAAGUAGAAAAAAGGGGGUAGGACCAGAAAAGUUUUUUUUAAACUUCUUCCUCCUCCUUUUUGAACAUGGGAAUCCUUAUUUUAAUUAUUUACAAUCAUUUUAAAAGAUGUGUUUGUUGAGGAUUUGUUUUUUUUUUGUUGUUUUCUUGCUUGUACUGAAAUACACAUGUUCUUAUUUAUCUUUUAUUUGGUAU